CAUGCUAGUGCACAGGUUUGUAAGAUGCUUCCCUGGACUGUGCAGAGUACAAUCACCUUUUUCUUCCUGGUUCUAGGUUCAAUACUAAGCUCGUGUAGUUUACUUCGUGGAUACUCAUUUUCCCAGAAGAUUAUUCCCACUUUAGUCCUGUGGGGGAAAAUAUUAAAAAUAAGACUCUUAAUGUUUAAAAUUUUAAAAAAAUGGAAGCAGGACAAAAAAGCUUAGCAGCUCAAGAACUACAGACUCUUAUGUUCUGCAGUUACUUUCUGACAUUGCUGUGUUCUGUGGCUUUAAGUAAAGAGAACCAUGGAGUGGUAAUGACUGGGAAGGAGGGUCAGGUACUCUGUGAAAAGGAGACCUCAAUGCUAAAGUAUGAAAUUGUACAGCUGAACAAGGUGAUAGAGGCUCUGAAGAGACAACUGCAGGAGAGAGCACGGAUACAAAAUGUACCUGACACAAACCUUUCGCAGAAAAUUCAACCUAAGAUGAUGGGAGCAUCUCAGCAACAUAUAAACAUGAAAAAGAACUCCUCAGAAAGCUUGAUGGAACCAACUGAAAUUAAUCUACAAAUGAGUAUGGAUCUAGACCUAAAACCUGAACUAUUGCAGGUGGAAGAGUCAGAGCAGAAGCAAACCUGUGCAGAGACCUCACAGCAGCUGAGUGACUGUGAGCAGCAUUGCUCGGAGUUCCAGAUAAUGCUGGAGAGGAUAAGCCAGAAGUGUGAAAGGGACAAGAACAAGCUUAUACAAAAAGUGUGGCAGAGACAGAAUUCUUUUGAUACAAAAAGACAAGCACAGCUACAAUAUGCAUACUCAAGUGGUGUCUGUCCUAGAGCCUUCUGGCUUUUGCUAGACCUGGCUGCAUUGGUCUUCAUUGUUUACUUCAGGCAAGGGCAGUAGAUUGUCAAUAAAAACAUUACCUGGGUAUAAGCAACUUUUCAGAGAGAGGUGCAGAGAAGAUGAAUUUCGAACAUUGCUGCCAAUAUGGGAAUGGAAAAAACUCGUGGAAUACCUUCCAACUACCUAAUGAUAUGUAAAGUGGCAAAUGUGAUCCUCUUUUUGAGAUGCAACCACAUCAUUCUACAUGAAGUCUACAGAAAUAUACAUGCCACAAUGUUAUUAAUUUCAAUCAUUUAAUCAAUUAUUCAUCAAUGUAAAAGAUACAGUCUUAAAUCACAUUACUGUCACAGAACACCUGUUAAUAUAGUGGAGGAAUUCCCAGCAAUGAUUAAUAUUCAUGACAGUAUGCUACAGAGGACAGUAGUAAUAUUUAUUUUUUGUUUUUUGUCCAGGUGACUUGGUAAACAUAUCAGAACAAAUGAAGACUAUUUCCAAAUAUACACCGAGAACACAUGGUAUAAAAAAAUGUCCUUGAUGAAAGCUUGUGCAAUAACAAACCCACAUUUUAGUGAGUUUAGACAUCAAGGGCCACUAUGUUAUUUUAUAAAAGUGCUAGCAGUUGCAAGCUGUAGAAAACAGACAAAGAUAUUACAAAAGUAGGGUACAAUUUAUAUGAACAUUACUAGAUGUGGGAAUCAUAGCAAUGAACCAUACAGUUUGUCAGACAGAGUACAAUUUGACCCAGCUAACAUAUGGAUGGUCACUGUAAUAUAUAUCCCAUUUUUUUAUACUUAAUUGAUUAACAUUGUAUUUUCCUUCUUUGAUUGUGUGUUCAGCAUGCAGAAUUGCAUUAUUCAACUUAUAGAAUCUUUACUGGCUGACCGGGGGUGGGGGGGGGUGGCUGAGUUAAGAAUAAAAGGAGAUCAUCAGGUAACUGGCCUGGGUACACAUCUGUCAGUCACCAGUGAAGCGAGUGAUUUGCAAUGCCAUUAACACACAUCUGCCAGUCACCAGUGAGGCAUGCUAUUUGCAGUGACAUUAACAGGAGUCACUGUUUGUACAAACAUGGGCUUAGAAGUCAUCUGCGGGCAUCCAAGAUUGCAUUCUGGCUUAACCGUGACUUUCCACUGGCCUUAACUACGGAGUAAUACAAAAGUGCAAAUCCAUACUCUCUCCCCUGCUGUUGUACAACAAAGUUUACACCAUCCUUUCAGUCCUUCUAUUUGAUCUGCCCUUCAAAGCUCUCCACUGACAUGCUGAGACAGUGGUACCUGUAACCUAAUUCUUCAUUUAGUUAGUUAUUUAUAAUUAUUUAUUUAUUUAUACUUUGCAGAUUGGGUGACUGGAUUUAUCUGCUUAUGUGCUUGAUAUCUGUCACUUGGGCCUUAUCACUGGAGACUGUUGUAGCUGUAGCUGAAGCGGUCCUGUCUUGUCACUCCUAGUGAUAUCUGGAGACCUCUGCGCAAUGCUAGCAUUGCGUGAAAGUUCUCUUGGUUAGCUUCAUUGCUUCCAUACUCACCAAUUUGCUUGCUGAAGCUUGUCACUUAUGCAGCAAUGAAUUGUACUCAAUACGCACUAGCUGCUGAAGUGUACAUGUUAACAUUAAAAAGAAGUCCGCAGGAGUGCAAAGCAGAUGAAAAGCAAGCAGAGACACUGGUGGUUAUAUAUGGCUUAAUUUACCAGGCUUAUUAAGACAUGUAAAUACUGUCAGUCUCACAUUUAAGAGAAAACUUAAUAUUGCUGACCCUGACGUUUAAAGGACAAUGCCUCCAGGGUGACAUUCUUUUCAUUGCUGUGGACUCAGCCUGUGAACUGCCAUUUUGUUUGGCAUUGGAUCUUAAUGCUGUACAUCUUGUUAGAAUUCAGCAUUGCAUUAUUCAUAUAUGGUCAUUAUUGGCCAUUCUGCAAAUCAAAAAAGAAGAAGGCAGUUUGGCUGCUCAGAAAAUAUCAGUCAGCAUUUAAGAUACGAGUGCAGUGCUUUUCAGACUAUUUUCUGUUUCAGCAUCUGAAUGGCUACAAGGAAAUGCCCUGUCUAUUUUACAGUAGAUUCAGAUGAUGUUAUAAAACAUCAGUGAGGAUUAAAACAGAAGCAGAAUGGGUUUUAGAUUAGUGAGAAAACUAGGACUGUGAUGUGAGAACUAUAUCUAUGAAUACUGCAGUUAUGUUGUCAUAAUACCUGAAGUAUUGUCUGUUCCCUUUCAGUGGAUAUAUAUAUAGUGUUUCAAAUUCAAUGCUUUAUUUCUGAAAAUGCUCAUCUUUAUGUUAUGUUCUUUACUGGUGUGUGCUUGAAAUAGAAUCAUUAUUUAUGCUUAUAUUUUUAUAAUAAAUCUGAAAUGAAAUAAGCAACA